UCGUUUGGCGUUUGACAGCGAAAUUGCCAAAAAGUCUUUCCAGCGAUUUGCAUUUUGUCGUACACCUCGCCGUCCGUAGAUUAUUCCAUUUUCCAUCGAAUAAAGGACGUGUGCAAGCAAAAUGAAACCGUUGAUGCUGCAAGGACAUCAGCGUGCCAUCACGCAAAUCAAAUACAACCGCGAGGGCGAUCUGAUCUUUUCCUCGGCCAAGGACAGCAAACCGAGCGUGUGGUACUCGCUGAACGGCGAGCGUCUCGGUACGUUCAAUGGACACAUCGGUGCCGUCUGGUGUGUCGACGUGGAUUGGACGACGACCCGGUUGAUUACCGGCGCCGGUGACAUGAACACAUUUUUGUGGGACGUUGAAACCGGUACAGCGCUGGGCAAGAUUCCGUGCAACUCGUCCGUGCGUACGUGCAACUUUAGCUUCUCCGGCAACCAGGCCUCCUACUCGACGGAUCGGGCGAUGAACCACCCGUGCGAGCUGUUCGUGAUCGAUGUGCGAAACAUCGACGCCAGCAUCAGCAGUGCCGAUCCAGUAUUGAAGCUGACGAUGAACGAGCAGCAAAGCAAGAUCACGUCGAUGCUGUGGGGCGCCCUGGACGAGACGGUCAUUACCGGGCACGAGAACGGUUCGCUGCGCAUCUGGGAUUUGCGCGCGGUGAAGGAGCUCAACUCGGUGAACGACCACACCGCCAGCAUUACGGACAUGCAGAUGUCGAGCGACGGUACGAUGUUCGUCUCGUCGUCGAAGGAUUGCUCCGCCAAGCUGUUCGAUUCGGAUUCGCUGAUGUGCUUGAAGACGUUCAAAACCGAGCGGCCGGUCAACUCGGCCUGCAUCAGCCCGCUGUUCGAGCAUGUCGCGCUCGGCGGCGGCCAGGACGCGAUGGAGGUCACCACGACCUCGACGCAGGCCGGCAAGUUCGAUUCCCGCUUCUUCCAUCUGGUGUACGAGGAGGAGUUUGCGCGCGUGAAGGGACACUUCGGUCCGAUCAACAGCAUGGCAUUCCAUCCGGAUGGUAAAAGUUUCGCGACGGGCGGUGAGGACGGUUUUGUGCGCCUUCAAGUGUUUGACUCUUCGUACUACGAGCAUACGUUCGAGUAGAGAGAUAGCGCGUCCUUUUUGUUGUGCUAUUGUACUGAACGAGAAUACAGCAAGAACGUACAUAAAAAGAACAUUAAACAAGCGACAGAUCGUGCAGCGGUGUUAAGUAACUAGCGUGAUAAGUGGAAAACGUGUGAAAUCUCCCAGAGUGCGUAAAUUUAACAUCAACUAGCGCACAUCCGACGGCGGGACCAUGCGUAUCGGUACCGGACGUCCUGGUGAAUGGGAAAGGAAUAAACGAGGGAGUGGAGAGUGGGAGAGAAAAAAGAA